AUGGGCAGUGAACGUUUGGAACCGUUGGAAACGCUCGAGAAAGAUUAUUACUUAGAUGAACGUAACGACUGGUAUAGUGAAGGUGAACAAAGAGACAGCGAAAGUUCCGAUGAUGAAUUACGCGAGCAGUUACUGGAACUGGCUGGCAUGCGGUGUGACUCUGAGAAAGGAAAACGUAAUAUUUUAAAUUACUUCAAAGCUAUCACUUCCUGGAAUAAUUUGCGUUUAGCAAAUCUAAUUGUUGAAUUUGCGUUCGUUUCAGAACGGGGAAAGGUGAAGAAACGGGAUGAAUUUGAAGCAGAUAUGAACAGUGAACUGAGCGAAAAUUUUGUUGCGCAUGCAUCAAAAAUAUUUUUGUUGAAAGAAGGAAAUGCAAGGAAAUUAGAAAUUAACGACGAAAAUGAGAUUGAUGCAAAAAGUCAUGACAGCAAAGCCAUACAGAAUGAAACCACUUCAAACAGCUAUGUUUCCCCAUCAACGAGUAACAACAAUUUUUCAAAUUUUGCGAAACCGGUAACUUUCGAAAACCAGCUCGACAAACUUACUGACUUUGAACGCAGUUCAAAAUCUUUCAGUGAUAACAGCAAUUUAUCAGAUAAGACAUCAAACAAGGCAACGAAGAAAGCAAAAAAUGAAGCAGUUGAAUUUUAUGAUUCGGAUGAAGAUGAAGACAAUGAAUGUUGGGUACGGCAUCAUCGAGAACAAUUGAAAAUCGUAAAACCUUUGAACAGUUUUUCCAAUGAAGAUGACGGAACGAAGCAAAAAAAAGAUCAGGAUCAUGCAACUGAUGCAGUACUAUCUUGUCCUGCAUGUAUGUCGUUAUUAACACGAGAUUGUCAAAGGCAUGAACUCUAUCUUAAUCAGUAUAGGGCUAUAUUUGUGGAGAACUGUAAUGUGGUAAAAAAUGAAGUGUUAUUUUUGCCUCAGUCAGGAAAAAAUAAGCAUAAAGCUCGAAAGAACGUUGCAGGAAUUAAGCCAAACGCUGUCGUUGAUGCUGCCGUUAGUACAGUCCUUCCAAAGGAAGAUUUAUUUCAUCCAGUCCUUUGUAGCAUUUGUACCACAAAUGUUGGAGUGUAUGAUUAUGAGGAGGUUUUUCAUUUUUUCAAUGUUCUCACAGGUUAUGCUUGA